AUGGCAGACACCGCUGUCAGCAAGGAUGCCGCCAUCGAAGAUGACCUGCAAUAUGGCGCGUCAAAGGCGGAGCUAGACGACAAGUCCGAAACCAGCCUUCCAAGGGGAGAGCACUCGCUGACGACCAAAGAACUGUACCAGGAGCUUUUCAACCCUCUUAACGAGAACAAGAAACAGCCGACUGCAGGACCUGGGGGGCGCAAGCAAGGGCCUCGUGGCCAGAUGAAGCUGUCGCCGCAUGAACAGAGGCGCCAUGUCAUUGAGAGAUUCGUCACGAGAUGGAGGAAAGAAGUCGGCCAUGAUUUCUACCCCGCGCUGAGGAUUAUUCUCCCCGACAAAGACCGCGAUCGUGGCGUGUACGGCUUAAAGGAGAAUGCCAUUGGCAAGUUGCUUGUCAAAUUGAUCAAGAUUGAUAAGAACUCGGAAGAUGGGUACAAUCUGCUCCACUGGAAACUGCCGGGUCAGACAACGGCUUCUCGUCUUGCGGGCGACUUUGCUGGGCGCUGCUUCGAGGUGAUAUCCAAACGACCCAUGAGGAUAGAGCCCGGCGAUAUGACCAUCGCCGAGGUCAACGUCCAGCUUGACAGACUGGCGGCGUCCGCCGGCGAGCAAGAGAAUCUGCGGGUCUUUGAGGUCUUUUACAACCGUAUGAAUGCCGAAGAAAUCAUGUGGAUCAUCCGCAUCAUUCUAAAGCAGAUGAAGGUUGGCGCAACCGAGAGGACUAUUUUGGAUCUAUGGCACCCUGACGGUGAAGCACUGUUCUCCGUGUCUUCGAGUCUGAAAAGAGUGUGCUGGGAGCUCCAUGAUCCAUCAACACGCCUGGAGCAGGAAGAAGCGGGCAUUGCCCUGAUGCAGUGUUUCCAGCCGCAGCUUGCCCAAUUCCAGCUGUCGACCUCUUUCCAGAAGAUGACUGAGCUCCUGCGGCCUACCGAGGACGACCCAGAGUACUGGAUCGAGGAGAAGCUCGAUGGCGAGCGUAUGCAGAUGCACAUGGUUGCGGACGCAGAUCACCCAGGCGGCACCCGCUUUUGCUUUUGGUCACGCAAGGCCAAGGAUUACACGUACCUCUACGGCAAUGGUUUCCAGGAUGAUCAGUCUUCGCUGACGCGGCACCUUGGACAUGCCUUUACCUCGGGCGUACGCAACCUGAUUCUGGACGGCGAGAUGAUCGAGUGGGACAUGGAUGUGGACAAGAUUGUAGCGUUUGGCACCCUGAAAACGGCCGCCCUCUCGGAAUGCAGUAACAACUCCACGUCGGACAAUGCAGGCCAUCGGCCCAUCUUUCGUGUAUUCGACAUUCUUUACCUCAACGACAAGCAGCUCACGCAAUACACGCUUCGAGAUCGAUUCAAGGCCCUGGAGAGGGCGGUCAAACCAGUACACCGCCGCCUCGAGAUUCAUCCUCACACGGUUGCCACGGGUCCCGAUGCUAUCCAGCCUCUGUUACGCGACGUGGUCGCCAACGCAUCGGAAGGACUCGUCCUUAAGAACCCGCGCUCCAUGUAUCGUCUGAACAGCCGCAACGAUGAUUGGAUCAAGGUGAAGCCUGAAUACAUGGACGAGUUUGGUGAAUCACUCGACUGCGUGGUCAUUGGCGGCUACUAUGGCUCUGGAAGGAGAGGAGGCAAUCUAUCCAGCUUCCUGUGCGGUCUCCGCGUCACUCAGAAUCACAUACGUGCGGGUGCAAACCCCGAGAAGUGUUUCAGCUUUUUCAAGGUCGGCGGUGGCUUCAAAGCCGAUGAUUAUGCACUGAUCAGACACAAGACAGAGGGGAAGUGGAUUCCCUGGGAUCGGAAGAACCCGCCAAGUGAGUACAUUGAACUCGGCGGUGGGGAGGCCAAGCAGUACGAGCGCCCGGAUGUGUGGAUCAGACCGAGCAAUUCGUUUGUCGUAUCGGUAAAGGCGGCGAGUGUUGGGGCCAGCGAUCAAUUUGCGAGAGGAUUCACACUUCGAUUUCCGCGCCUACGACGGCUUCGACCGGACCGGCCCUGGGACUCGGCGCUUUCGUUGGAGGAGUUUCAGGAGCUGCGCAAGAAGGUAGAUGAAGAGUUCCAUGAGAAAGCCAUGACAUUGGAGAACCGCCGGAGGAAAAGUACGAAGCGGGUCAAGAGAGACCUCGUCAUUGCAGGCGAAGACGCCGCACCAGCGGAAUUUGCCGGCGAAAGGGGACAGAUCUUCAAGGGCUUGGAGUUCUGCAUCCUUUCCGAAUCACUGAAGCCUUUCAAGAAGACCAAAACAGAACUCGAAACACUCAUCAAAGAAAAUGGCGGACUUAUUUCCCAACGCGCCGCGCCGGGUACCAACAUGAUACUCGUUGCAGGCAAGAGGGUCGUCAAAGUGGCCAGUCUGAUGAAGAGUGGCGACGCCGACUUGAUCUCGCCUAGAUGGAUCCAAGACUGUCUCGACUCGAGCGACCGCACUUUUGCCCUGCCAUUUGAGCCACGGCACCUCUUUCAUGCUUCCGAGGCUCUGAAGAUGGCGGCGGAAGAAAACACAGAUCAGUUCGGGGACAGCUACGCCAGAGAUGUGUCCACUGAUGAACUCAGGGACAUUCUCGCGGAUAUGCCCAUACACGAGGACAUUGGUGCUUUCGGCAGGCGCCAGUUCCUCGAAGACUUGGAAAAGAGGGGUAAAGGCUUGAACGAUCUUCACGGGAUGAUCUUGGAGCGAAGCGUUGUGCACCUCAAAGCAGUCGAGGACUCUGACUUGCCCAAUCUCAAGAAGCUGGUCAAUUGGAUCCGAUUCUCGGGAGGUCGGGUUGCCGAGGGCAUGGAAGACGCGGAUGUCACACACAUCGUCCUGAUAGCUGAGGAUCCGAUGCAAGCCGGUGAAGCGGCAGACACUAUCCGCAAAGCCCUGUCCAAGAGGAGCCAGAUACCCCGACUUGUUCGCGGGCAGUGGGUGGAAGACUGUUGGAAGGAGAAGACUUUAGUUGACGAGGAACCCUAUGCUAUUCUAUGA